CGGAUAAUGAAAAAACGCGCGAAGAUCGGAAGAUUGCAAUUUGUGAUGACGACAUUUCGAAAUUUGCGUCGUGCCGCUCACAUCCUCCCGACAUCAUGGCGCAGUCCCAAGGCGGCAGAAUCCGAAUCACCCUCAAGUCGGCAGUGAAGUCAACGCCCAUGGUUGUAGCUCCUCAUACGCCGGGAAACUCCAAGAUCACGGAAACGCAGUCGUUGAACGUCAUCAAGAACUUGAUCCGGGUGUCCAUAUCCGAGAUUUGCUACCUUCGAAACCUAUUUCCGGAUGAAGUGUUCAAGGAACGAGUGUAUGCCGACAUGCAGAUCAAGUGCCUUGCUCCGCAAGAAAAUUCGCGAGACCAAUCCAUGCAAGAUGCGUACUCGAUCACAGAGUGGCUGGAAGCAGGGGCUUUCGACGCAAUGGAAAAGAAGUACCUCUUGCAAUUGGAGUUUUGCAUCUAUGCACUGGGAAAGAACAAGACCCCUCAAAACCUACUGGAAUGUUACACGUACAAGAUCAAGGAAACGUCCAAUGGAUCGACAUUUUCCACGAGUUUUACAGGAACACAAAAUAUCGAUUCCCAUCCCGAAAAGGUGAAGACGCAGGCCGUUCAAAUGAUUCGAAACCUUGUCAGCAUCACCAACACACUGGAACCGCUGCCAAAGAGUCGAUACAUCACAAUGAAGUUAUCCUACAACGAUCUUUGCCCAUCUGGGUGGCAGCCAAAGUAUUUCAAAGAGCUCACCUCAGACCUUGGUGAAUCUUUUGGCGAAUCCACAUUGAAGUUGGAUGUGGGACGUAUGGCAACUCCGUUCCACGCUAUUUCGAUGAAGUUGGAGGCCGCGGAGAGCGCGUUCGGGACAGGUGUCGAUGCCCCAAGCCGCGAAGUCGAUAUUUCACUCUCACAAGCCAACAUCGUGUCGAACGAAGACGCAAAGUCUCCAGCUGUUGUCUCGCCAAGCCCCGAGAAAACAACCGAAGGGAUUCGCCGCGCCAAGCCUGGCCUUCCAUUUUCCCAACCUUUGCAGCGACAAACAAGAAGUCCCGCUUUGACCAAAGAUGGACUUAUUCGCUACUGCAUUCAAUUCAAGACUGUGACCAUCCAAGAGAUCGAAGACAAGCUGGGCUAUGACCUCACCGUGAUCAAGAAAUGCAUGGACGAGCUUUGUGCAGAAAACGUGUUUACGAAUCGAAGUGAUGGCGAAUACGAAGUCAUGGCGCAGCAGGAUUGCUACUACUUUGAUGCCAUAAACCUCAUCCAUGGGAAACUGCGACGCCACAUCUCCGUGCAUACGUUGGCGAAGUGCAUGUCGUGGUCGAUUUAUUUUGCCAAGGCCAUCUUGUGGCGCAUGAACCAUGACAAACUUAUCGACAUGGAACGAGAAGUGGCGUUUGAUGGAUACAAGGUCGUUUUGGAAGACGCCAAUCGAUCGAUCAUCCAAAAGGCAAUUCAAUCAGUGGCUGAAAAAGCUGCCCAAACAACGAAGACACCAGGCAAAAAGACCCCUCAACGAACGUCGAUGUCGAAGCCCCGCCCGACGUCAAGUUGUGCAUACAUGCCCAUCCUUCAAUCCAACCAAAUGGCCAAGAAGCGACGCGUGAUGAUCAGCAGAGUGGCGGCGACUCCCAUGUCUAUGACUCGGUGAUAACGUCCUGAGACAAUCUAUUCAAUUCACUUG